AUUAUCUUAAAUCAAAGUGCUUGGUUCUCGUCACACGUUAAGUUUCUCACAAUUUAGAUAAUAUCCUUAUCGGAAAGUGCUAACAGAUUAGCGAAAAAUCAAUUUUGUCCGUUGCAAAGAAGGGAAACGGUCGAGGUCGGAAGGAGAAUUUUCCCCGGAGGAAGAAUGUUUUGGUCUACGUCGGACGGGACGGAAGUGACGCAUUGGGAGUCGGCCCACAGCUUUCUUCUGACCGAUCGCCUUUCCGUCACGGUGGCGGGAGAAGUGCUUCUGUCCGCGCUCAUUUUGGCGGCAAAUACUUUGGUGAUUUUCGUGGUCGUCGGCGCACCCGCUCUCCGAACCCCCGGCAACUACUUCGUCCUCAGUCUGACCGCCGCCGACAUCCUUUCGGGCACCUCCAUCGUCUUCGUCAUCCUCAGCAUCUGCCACCGCAACUUUUCCUCCGCCGGCCUUCUGUGCAAGUGGAGAUUUACCUUUCUGGCCGUCUGGUGGUCGGCUUCCCUGCACGGUCUUUUGGCCAUCGCCCUGGACCGAUCGUUGGCCAUUUUGAAACCUCUUCGUUACUGCAAAAUGGCCACCGAGAGGCGCUCUCUCUUCGUCAUUUUUGUCGUUUGGAGUUACAGUUUGAUCCUCGGAUUUUGUCUUUACAUCAAAUUCGACUCCGGUCGAGUGAAACGAUGCGACUUAUUCUUCGACGUCCCUCGUUCCUACUUGAAGUAUUUCGUCUUGAAUUUUUCCUUCGUCCUUCUCGUAAUCGCCAUUUGUUAUUGUAAGAUAUUCUUCGUGGCCAGAAAGCAGGCCAAGAACUGCUUCGGAAGAUCUCCUCCUUUGUGUACCCGAGCGUCGAAACACGUCCGAACUUUGGCCUUGGUGGUGGGAGUUCUUUUUGUCUGUUGGAUGCCCGUCGUUGUGGUGUUGUUGCUGGUGCGGCGACAAGGAGACGGGCGCGACCUGCAGACGGCCAGAGUGGUCGCCUGCUUCUUUUCUCAAAUUGGUUCGGCCGUUAAUCCCAUUGUUUACAGUUUCGGAAACGGAAAUCUCUUGUUUCCGGCCUAA